AGGGUCCGGGAGUAAAUGUAUAUAAAGGCGUCGACUCUCUUAGGACACACGUCACCCUCACAGUUAGGAUAGAACAAUGUUGAAGCUUGCAGUUUUACUAGUUUUUGUGUCAUACGCACAGGCCAAAUUCAAAGGUGGCUUCGGUGGAACUGGCUUGGGUGGGGGUGGAAUUGGGGGAGGACUGACAGGUGGCGCCCUCACCGGUGGCCUUGAUAUCGCAUCCGGAGGACUCGGAUUUGACGGUGGAUUGGGUAGUGGACUUGGAGGAAUAGGUUCUGGUGGACUCAGCCACGGAGGCGGAUUAGGUAGUAUUGGAAGCGGAUUAGGGGGAAUCGGAGGCGGAUUAGGGGGAAUCGGAGGAUUAGGAGGUCUGGGAGGAAUUGGAGGAAUCGGAGGCGGUUUGGGUGGAAUCGGAGGCGGAUUAGGAGGGAUUGGAGGUGGAUUAGGGGGAAUUGGAGGAAUCGGAGGCGGUUUAGGAGGAAUUGGACGUGGAUUAGGGGGAAUCGGCGGUGGCUUAGGAGGCUACUACCCAGGUGGAAUUUCCUCAAGUUAUUUCUAUUACCUGAUGAGUAUUUUAGGCCCAUACUUUGGAGGAGGUUUUCCAGUGACCGGAGGUAUACCAUACGGAGGCGGAAUAGGCAGCGGUAUCGGCGGAAUAGGCAGCGGCAUCGGUGGUAUAGGCAGCGGCAUCGGUGGAAUAGGCAGCGGCAUCGGUGGCAUCGGUGGAAUAGGCAGCGGUAUCGGUGGCAUCGGUGGAAUAGGCAGCGGUAUCGGCGGAAUAGGCAGCGGCAUCGGUGGAAUAGGCAGUGGUGUUGGUGGCAUUGGAAGUGGAAUCGGGAGUGGAAUUAGCAAGAUUGGAAGUGGAAUUGCUGACGUUGGUUACGACUUCGGUGGAUUGGGUGGUAUUGGUGGCAUUGGUAGUGGAAUAGGUGGUAUCGGCAGUGGAGGUCUUGGUAGUGGCAUCAUCAGCACUGGUGGACUAGGUAAUGGACUAGGAACCGGAUUAGGAGGAAUCGGAGGUGGAUUAGGUGGAAUCGGCGGUGGAUUAGGAGGAAUUGGAGGUGGAUUAGGAGGUGGAUUAGGAGGUUUAGGAGGCGGAUUAGGAGGUGGAUUAGGAGGCGGACUAGGAGGUGGUUUUGGAAAAGGAAAAAAGUACUACUGAGCUCUGUUACUGAAUUCGACGCCUGCUAGUUAACGACGCCCAUCAUUAUUUCAUCUUAGUUUGGUUUGUGUAUAUGUAGUCAUAAAAUUCUGCAAGUUUCAAA